AUGUUACAAGAGCUGAUGGUUGCGGAAGCCUGCAGCGAUCAAAGAGAUCUGUUAAGUUCCUACGGUGUUUCGAAGCCAUUGAUUCCUGUACCAAAUGGACGAUUAAUUCCAUCAGACAAAGAAAAUGAACCUGAACUUGAGUCCCAUGAAACUCAGCUGAUAGCGUCUUAUCCUUCAGACGCUGUUGAGUCGCUUAUCUGUAAUGGUAUAACUGAUUUCAUUGACUGGACUCCAAUUCUGCUGACUACCAGAGCCUAUGGAAAUCGAUACAUGAACCAACACACCUUAGAAAAUGCAGAGAUUAUUGACAACUGGACAUGGGAAACUAUCAAACGUGUUUUGAGUAACAUACCUGAAGGAUCAUUGGUUGAAGGCGAUCAGAAUAUUCAACAAUCUUCUCAACCUAUAAGUCGCGACUCGUUAUCGUCAUUAAUCAAUAAAAAUGAAUGCUGUCAACCAACGAGAACUGAAACUUCUACACUGGAACGUACAACGUUUUUGAGACCAGUUUAUUCGCGUGUCCUAGCUUCAUCUCUCAUUCCGGGAAGAGUUUCUGCAAAAUUAUCAGUACCUAUCAAAGGAUCUAGUGAAUCUUCUCAAAUCGCUGAGAACAGUCAACCACUUUUGAUUCGUGGUGUCAACCCUACAGGUCAUUCGCUGGGUGUAAUGGAAAUUUUCCAGAUACCUAUUUCAAAACCCCCUUUUAUCAAUCCAGAUAAAUGCUUGGGAAACCUGCAUAUUAUGGUGGCCUGUGGCCCUUAUACUCUUUCAAAUUCACAUGAUCCUACAGGCCUUUUUAAUUUAUUGCGUUCCGUCAAACAAUCUAAACCCCAUGUUCUCAUCCUGCUUGGACCGUUUGUUGAUUCGGAGCAUCCUGGUAUUCAGUCUUAUUCUGAAACUACUUACGAAGAAUUAUUCCAAUCCAGAGUGAAUAGUGUCAGUGAAUGGUGUAAUCAUCUAUCUAUAAGGUUGAUAAUUAUUUCCUCCUGGAGAGAAUUACAUCAUGAUCCAGUGUAUCCGACCCCACCUAUCGACAAGUCGUGGAUAGAAAAGACACCACAUCUGUUAUCAUCAUACGAAAAAGUUCAAUUCGCUCCCGAUCCAUGUCUUUUCCAAAUUGGGGAAUAUGUUUUUGGUCUAACUUCGGUUGAUAUACUUAAAGAUCUUAGUUGUGAAGAAAUCAGUGCUGGUUGCUCGGGCAGUGAUAGAAUUACUCGUUUAUGUCGGCAUAUUCUCGCCUCAUCAUCGUUUUACCCUGUACAUCCCCCUGACGAUGGUUUACCACUUGAUUACCCUUUAUGGAGUCAAUAUGCACAGUUUCCAGUCACACCACACUGUUUGAUUUUACCGUCGAAAUUGCGUCAAUUUGUAAAGAAUGUAGAUGGUGUGUUGUGCAUCAAUCCUGGAUAUGUAUCAAGAGGAGAGGCUUUCGGUAGCUAUGCUGAAAUUGUUGUCAAUGUGAAUGAAUUUUCAAGUUUAAAUGAAAAUAGCAAUGAAAUUAACUCAAAUAUACCGGAUAACUUAUCAUCGGAACAUUCUAGUUUCAGUAUAUGUGGUCGUACAUCUGUUUCAAUCAAACGCCUUUAA